CUGCACAGUGCAUUCUCGAAGUUCGGCGAGAAUGUUAGAAUGAUUGUUAAGGAGCCGAGGCGUACGCCUAUAAAAGGCGGCGAUUGGCGACCCGCUUGUCUGAAAGCGCCGCCACCUGCACCGCCGGCGAAACUAUUUAUCUUUUUGCCGAUCGUUAGCUGAUCCGAAGCAACAGAAGGCUGAAUUUUUUAAUCGCCGGUCGGCGCCGGAUUCUUCACUCUUCCUGAGGAACCAGAGAAAGCCUAUCUCUCUUCCCAUCUCAGCCAUUUUUAUCCUCACUCUCCACCGUCCCCAGAUCUCAAGCCAUAUAACGAACUCAAGCAAGACCAAAUGUCAGCAUCUUCUGUUGAUAUGGAUUGGAAGAGCGCAACCUGUGCCGUCUGCAUGGAACCGCCACACAACGCGAUCCUCCUCCUCUGCUCAUCUCACGAAAAGGGCUGUCGUCCAUACAUGUGCGACACGAGCUACCAACAUUCGAACUGCCUCGAAUUAUUCAAGAAGGCGUACAUGUCAUCCAUGUCAUCUAAUCCAAAAACAUUUUGUCCCCUUACUCCAGCUAUAUACGGUGAAUCGAAGUCCUCGGAGCUCCCAUGUCCUCAGUGUCCUCUCUGCCGCAGUCCGGUGAAAGGUUGGACCGUGAUAAGGCCUGCGCGGAAGUACCUGAACAACAAGAGGAGGAGCUGCAUGCAGGGAAAUUGUUCAUUUGUGGGGACAUUCAUGGAGCUACAGAAGCACGCAAGAGAAGAUCAUCCAUUUCCAAGGCCUCAGGAGGUCGAUCCCGAGCUCGAGAAGAAGUGGAGAGAGUUCGAGCUUGAGAGAGACAGACAGGAUGCCAUCAGCUUCAUCAAUUCUUCGAUGCCAAACUCUCUGAUAUUGGGAGAUUAUGUGAUUGAAAGAGAUGAUCUCCAUAACAACAUCGAUCGAGGUGUUUUUUACAGCGCCGAGGACCGGCUUAAUCAAAUUUUUAACGAUCUUUUUUAUGAUGACGAUGUUGAUUUUCCUAGAGUGCAUCGGCGCCGGCGACGACGCCAGAGGAGAAUGCGAGGGAGUCGGGUGCUUGGAUUUAGUCCUUUUUUAACUAGAUGGAGAUGGAUGUAUCAAUAGGUUAUCUUAUGAGGCUUUAUUUUGGGUGAUGGCUUAUUUAUUGGGUGGUCAUUUACAUGCAUGCCACAUAUUUCUUAUGCAUUUACAUAGCCAACCCCUAAACUUUACUUUUUU